AUGUCCGCCAUUCCACGCUCGAAGGCCUGUAUCGCCUGCGCCAGUUCCAAGCGCCGAUGUGACAAGCAAUUCCCGGAGUGCCAGCGGUGUUUGGAGCGGGAUGUGAACUGCAUAUACCCGCAGCCCAAGAGACGGCGGAGAGAUCCUACUACGAGUACUAGUACUAGGACUACCCGCGACAGUCUGAGUCAGACCGAAGGACUCUCCGCCAUCCAGAAGAAUGCCGAUGCUGGUGCCGCAUCCCUCGCUGCCGCUGACGCCGACGCUUUGGGGAGCAGCCUGCUGGAUCUCGGUCAAUGGGGCGUGAUGGAAACCGCCGACCUGGACUGUUUUCUGUCGCAUGCGGGUGUGAUCAACUCCUAUACCACUGGCAUUCCGACACCAUCACUACCGGCGCCUGAUGACCGUCCAUUAGCUCUACCAGAAGGAGUUGCCCAUGAGAACGGCAACGGCGACAUCUCCAACAGCACAUGCCGCCCCUGGUUCCUCCGUGCCGAGACGUGGACACUACAGCACAGCACCGUAGACCCAGCGUCUGAAACGGCGAUCGAGCUCGAUCUAUUCAUCCACGCCGUUGAGGAAAUGCUGCAUGGCUGGGUGCGAGAUGGCCACAACAGCUUCAUCCAUCGGCGCCUGUACGAGAAGGGCAUGCCCACAUGUCUUCAAGACGCCUUCACCACGCUCGCCGCAUAUACUGGAUGCUCGCCGGCAGUCAAGGAAACCAUCCUCCAGACUGCCGACGAACGCGCGUGCGCACUCGUCCAUCAGGGUCCCCCGGUCGCCGGGGGCGUGCAAAACAUCCGGGCUCACCUGGCACGUGUCCAGGCUCUGUUUGUCUACGAGUUUAUUCGACUCUUUGAUGGCUCCGUGCGGCUGCGUGCCUCUGCCGAGCAGCAGCUGCCCAAGCUGCGACAGUGGGUCCUCCAGAUGUGGGAGGUGGUGAAGCUGUACCGGGGCGAAGACGACGGCUUGUCUGUCGAGCACCAUCGGCCGGCGAACAGUGAUUUUGACAGCCACUACAAUGCUGCUUCGAAGCUGUGGAGGCUUUGGGUCUUGACGGAAAGCCUUCGCCGCACCCAUAUCAUCAUCGACACUGUCGUCAAUACAUACCAGACCAUGACCCAGGGGUGGGCCGAUUGUGCUGGCGCCGUCAUGGUCACUACCCGCCGUGGCCUGUGGGAGGCCGAGUCCGCGGUGAAAUGGUUUGAUCUGUCUUGUGAGAAACCGCCGCUGCUGGUGCCCGCUCUGCAGCCAAUGCCUGUAAUCUCGCAGUAUGCCGCUUCGGAAGUGGACGAUUUCAUCAAGUUAUAUUGGACAUUUAUAAUCGGCACGGACAAGAUCCAGUGCUGGGUUGACACGAGUGACAAGUCCAGCAGAACACAGUCCCUCCUGUCUGGCAGUAUAGUAUAA